CAAAGAAAGUGUCAGUGUUCACAAUCUUCACAAGACAAACUUGGAAAGUGUACAUUUUCUGUUGUAACGACGGUUCACCCUUUACUGCUUUGCCUGGAAGGUUCCACAAUAUGUAGAGUGACUUUCAGAAUCCAGAACUGGGACACCUUUGUGGAGAGAUGAGUUGUGUGCAGCUGGACGAGGAGAGCUUCUUCCAGAGCUGUCGACGUCUGUUAAAGAAAUCUGACGAGCUGAGAGACGGAUGGAGCUGGGAGACGGCGCAGGGGGCAAAAGAGGGUUACCUGAGGAAAACUGUCCUACGCUCCGUCGUCACUGGUGCCAAAAGGAACCAGAAGAUCGAAGAGGAAGAGUUUGAACAGCUGCAGAGUUCGGUGGCGGUUCUAGAGAACACGGAGGAGGACGAAGAUGAAGACGAAGCGGCUGUCGUGAUAAACCGUCCUGAGGCUGAAGGCGGCCGACGUCUUUGUUUCCAGUUUGAGUUUCAUGUGGUUUUCUCGAGCAGCUACGGGACCCCGGUGUUGUACUUCAGGGCCUUCACGCUCGAGGGGAAGAGUUUGUCUCUGGAGGACGUGUGGAGCUUCAUUCGACCUAAACUCAGACUGACAUCACCAGACGCUCUCCUCAGCACCGUUACACAACAGGAGCAUCCUCUUCUGGGACAGACCUUCUACAUGUUACAUCCCUGUAAAACUGAAGACUUCAUGACACCCGUUCUACAACAAGCUCAACAAGAAAACAGAGCGGUGAACUACGUGCUGACGUGGCUGAGUGUGGUGGCUCCUCUGGUGGGUCUCGACGUUCCUCUCGAAUACUGUUCAGACCUGAGCCCGGACUCUGAACCGGACUGAACUGGACCCGCCUCUGCUCCGCUCAGCUUUCCUCUCAAAGGUGAACCUCCUCGUCCCCUCGGCCGUCUGAGCUCCGCCCCGGCACGUUCCUCUGGCUCCUCUGGCUCCUCUGGUUCCUCUGGUUCCUCUGGUUCCUCUGGUCAGGAGGGGCCACACUCCGCUCUCUGACCCACAGACGGAGCCUCACAGUCGGGCACAGGUCCAACAGGUCCAGUCCUUCAGCCGACCUCAACCAGAUGGACCCCCAACCCCCGACCGACCGAAAAAACCAACAGCUGCAGCCGAACGAGCCGCGAGUCGAGUUUAAGCCCAGACACGGACCUGCACUUUACUGACAGAUAAUAAGAGAAAUGUUUUCCCCCCUGCGGAGGAAGAGAAUUUACAGUUUUUUUGUUUUAAAGAGCUCAGAUUAUGUUAUUUUUUAUGUUAUUUUCUGAGUCCGUGUGUCGUUCGUUCAUUUGUUUUUCAAAAUAAAACCAAAAAAUAA